AUGAAUAAUAAAUUCAUCAUACUCUCAUUGUUGCUUGCUUUAGUAGCAAGUCAAACAUACAGUUUAACAUCAUGCACAUGUGCAUAAUUGUUAUCAGAAGGAGAUUGUAUCAAGAAUUCUUCACUUGGAUGCUCAUGGGAUACAACAAAGAAAACAUGCGGAGUUUCAACAACUACUGUCGUUCCAACAGUGACAUAUGCAGCAUAUUGUGAUACAUUUGCUGAAACAGAUUGUCCAAAGGCUAAACCAUGUACUGAUUGUGGAAUCUACGCCGCUUGUGCUUGGGUUGAAGGCAAAUGUGCAUUCUUUACUGGAUGUACACCUUUUGCUAAAACACUUGAUUCUGAAUGUUAAGCCAUAAGUAAUAGAUGUAUUACUGAUGGAACACAUUGUGUUGAAGUUGAUGCUUGUAGUACCUACAAAAAAUAACUCCCAUGUGUGAAAAAUGCAUCAGGAAGCUUAUGCUUUUGGGAUAUAACAAACAACACUUGUGUUGAUGCUAACACUUGUGAUAAAUUACCAGCCACAUUUGCAACAGAUAAAGAUUGUAGAGAUGUGAUUUCUACUUGUACCACUAAAACUGGAGGUGGAUGUGUCGAUAGUGGAAAUAACUGCAGCGAUUAAACAUUAGAAAUUUAAUGCGUUUGGAAUAAAUUAAAAACAACUGCUUGCUAUUGGGAUGGUGCUGCAUGCAAAGAUAGAAUAUGUGAUAAUGCACCAAUUAGUUUGACAACUGAUGAUGCUUGCAAGACAUUUAGAACUGAUGGAACAUGCACAACAAAACCAAAUGGAGGAUGUAUCACAAGAACUACUUGUGCUGCUGCUACUAUUUCAGCCUCUUGCAUUAAAAAUAGUUCAAAUAGUGACUGUUAUUGGACAGGAACUGCUUGCCUUGAUAAAACAUGUGCAAAUGCUCCAAUCACAAUGACAACAAAUUCGGCAUGUGCAGGAUUUGUAACAGGAUGUAUCACUAAAACAGGUGGUGGAUGUGUUCUUAAUGGAGCUUGUUCUGUUGCUAAUGUUCAAGCAGCUUGUGUUAAAAACGCAAACAGUGUUGAUUGCAUUUGGGAUACAACUUGUAAAGAAAAAACAUGUGCCAAUGCCCCAACCACAAAUAUCACUCACGAUUUAUGUACUUCUUAUUAUUCUAUUUGCACUGUUAAGUCAGGUGGUGGAUGUUAAAAUAGAACAUGUACCAAUGCUCCAAUAACUUUGACAACAAAUGAUGCAUGUGAAGCUUAUCUAACAGGAGGUAAUUGCAUAACAAAGACAGGAGGUGGAUGUGUUGUAAAUACAACCUGUGCUGCAAUAACUUUAGAUGCUGCUUGUAUUAAGAGUAUUAGUUCUUAAACUUGCUUCUGGGAUGCUGCAAGCUCAAGCUGUAAAGAUAAAACAUGUGUGAACGCUCCAUCAACUAACACUACUCAUGAUCUCUGCUAAGCAUUCUUAACAACUUGUACAGUAAAUUCAACAAGCGCAGGGUGUGUCGAAAAAUCAUGUGAAAAUUCAUUGGUUUUGGCUAUUUGUGAUAAAGAUACAACCAAUAGAGCAUGUAUUUGGAAAGGAAAAUGUUACAAAAAAUAAUGCGUGUUAGCUUCAUCUGCUACCACUACUCAUGCUGACUGUUUCACCUAUCACUCUUCAUGUACUUUGAGUAAUUCAGGCAAUGGAUGUGCUCCACUUCCCCUUAAAUGCGAAGCUAUAACUAUUGAAGCUGCUUGCUAAAUAAAAUCUAAUGGUUCAGCAUGUGGAUGGAAUGGAUCUUAAUGUAUUGAUAAAGCAUGCUCAACUGCCUCUAAGACAUUCACAACUACCACAUAAUGCACAGGACAUAUAUCUACUUGUGUUGCUAAUAAUCCUGUAACUGUUAAUGGUUCUUUGACAAUUUAAGGAUGUUAAGAUUUACCAACAACAUGCGCAGCUAGAAAAUCAACAGAAAAUUGUGAAAUUACAAGAGUUGGAUCCCCAUCGUGUCUAUGGGUCUCAUCCUCUACCUCAUGUGUAGAAAAAUCUUGUGCAACUGCUAGUACUGUAGGAACAACUGGUGCAUUAUCAGGAGGAGGAUUCACUUUUUCUGGUUGUCAAACUUAUCUUAGUAGUUGUAUUUCAAACAAUACUGCUGAUGGAUGCAUGGCUAAGCCAUCUAGUUGUUCAUCUUUAGUUUCAACAAAUUGCAGAGAUGGAUCAAAAGCAAGUGGAGAUUGUUUUUGGAAUGGUAGUAGCUGUGUUGAUAAAACUUGUGCAAAUAUUAUUCUAACAACACAUAAUGGUUGUAAUAGUACAUUUAAUACGUGCACAGUGAAUAAUGGAGCAACUGCAUGUUAAACAUUGGCAACUGCAUGCACAUCUUAUUCAACCUAAGAAAAUUGUAAAUUUACAUCAACAAAUAAGAAUUGUAUUUGGACUGGAUUAGCUUGUAGAAAUGCUACUUGUGCUGAUACUCUGGAUACUACAGCUUUUGAUACUGAUUCAGAAUGCUUUGCUUAUUAAACACCAAGUGAAACCUGUACAGUUGUUUACAAAGUAGGAGCUUAAGGAUGCGUAUCAAAAUCAGCAAAUUGUUCAGAUUAUAUGACAUCAGCCUAAUGCCACAAAACUCUUGCAAAUUUAACAGUUAAUGAUGAUUGUAAGUGGAUCGUUGAUAAAUGCUAUGCAUUAUCCUCUUUUGCUACUGGAGCUUGCACAACUUUCAAAGGUACUCCAACAAUGUGUCAAGGGUAUAGAGCAGGAUGUACAAACACUGUAGGUGCAGCAUCCUCAGCAUCUUGUACUUUAGAUUGUACUUUAAAAACAGGAUCAGGCUUGACAUUUGCCGAUUGCUAAGCAUUAGAUUCUACUUGUUCAGUCAAAAAAGAUGGUACUGGUUGUAUUGUUAUUUAAUCUACUUGUGCUGGAUACGGGGGAACGGCAGCUAAUUGUUUCAGGUCAAGUGCAAGUGGAAAUGCAGGAUAUUGCGGAUUAAAUGGUUCUUCUACUUGUCAAGCCAUUACUGCGGCUGGCGAAUGUUCAUUUGUAAGUGGAUUAACAGGUUUGGAUCAUUCAAAAUGUUAACUAUAUCACUCUUCUUGCACAUCCUUAAAAGAUGGCACUGGAUGUUAGGAGUAAAAGUCAACUUGCUCAGUUUAUGCAACUGGAAACAAUUGUGCUAGCUCUGCAUAGGGUAAAUGUUACGAUAAUUCUACUGAUUGCUUGCGUUUUUCUAAUUGUGCCUCAGUUACUGGAACAGGAUUGACUAAUUCUAUUUGUUAAACUUAUGAAACUGGAUGCGAGGCUAAUGUUAAUGGAACUGCUUGCUAAGAAAAAUUAGCGACAUGUAAUGUUUAUUUAACACAAAAUUCUUGUUCAACCUCGACUGCAGGUCUUUGUGCUUGGAGUGGAACAGCUUGUCUGACCAUUGUCACUGCUAAUAUUAUUACUGAGUGUCCAUAUGUCACUGGAACUGGUCUUACAGAUACUAAAUGUGCAACAUAUCAUGCAAGUUGUACAGUAAACAGAGCUGGAACAGCAUGCCAAAAAAAAGAAGACCUUUGUGCUACAUAUGCUGCUAUCUAAGCAACCUGCUCAGUAUCAGCUGCAGGUCCUUGCGUAUGGAGCGGAACAGCUUGUCUGACCAUUAUCACUGCCAAUAUUAUUACUGAGUGUCCAUAUGUCACUGGAACUGGUCUUACAGAUGCUAAAUGUGCAACAUAUCAUGCAAGUUGUACAGCAAACAGAGCUGGAACAGCAUGCCAAAAAAAAGAAGACCUUUGUGCUACAUAUGCUGCUAUCUAAGCAACCUGCUCAGUAUCAGCUGCAGGUCCUUGCGUAUGGAGCGGAACAGCUUGUCUGACCAUUAUCACUGCCAAUAUUAUUACUGAGUGUCCAUAUGUCACUGGAACUGGUCUUACAGAUACUAUAUGUGCAACAUAUCAUGCAAGUUGUACAGCAAACAGAGCUGGAACAGCAUGCCAAAAAAAAGAAGACCUUUGUGCUACAUAUGCUGCUAUCUAAGCAACCUGCUCAGUAUCAGCUGCAGGUCCUUGCGUAUGGAGCGGAACAGCUUGUCUGACCAUUAUCACUGCCAAUAUUAUUACUGAGUGUCCAUAUGUCACUGGAACUGGUCUUACAGAUACUAUAUGUGCAACAUAUCAUGCAAGUUGUACAGCAAACAGAGCUGGAACAGCAUGCCAAAAAAAAGAAGACCUUUGUGCUACAUAUGCUGCUAUCUAAGCAACCUGCUCAGUAUCAGCUGCAGGUCCUUGCGUAUGGAGCGGAACAGCUUGUCUGACCAUUAUCACUGCCAAUAUUAUUACUGAGUGUCCAUAUGUCACUGGAACUGGUCUUACAGAUACUAUAUGUGCAACAUAUCAUGCAAGUUGUACAGCAAACAGAGCUGGAACAGCAUGCCAAAAAAAAGAAGACCUUUGUGCUACAUAUGCUGCUAUCUAAGCAACCUGCUCAGUAUCAGCUGCAGGUCCUUGCGUAUGGAGCGGAACAGCUUGUCUGACCAUUAUCACUGCCAAUAUUAUUACUGAGUGUCCAUAUGUCACUGGAACUGGUCUUACAGAUACUAUAUGUGCAACAUAUCAUGCAAGUUGUACAGCAAACAGAGCUGGAACAGCAUGCCAAAAAAAAGAAGACCUUUGUGCUACAUAUGCUGCUAUCUAAGCAACCUGCUCAGUAUCAGCUGCAGGUCCUUGCGUAUGGAGCGGAACAGCUUGUCUGACCAUUAUCACUGCCAAUAUUAUUACUGAGUGUCCAUAUGUCACUGGAACUGGUCUUACAGAUGCUAAAUGUGCAACAUAUCAUGCAAGUUGUACAGCAAACAGAGCUGGAACAGCAUGCCAAAAAAAAGAAGACCUUUGUGCUACAUAUGCUGCUGUCUAAGCAACCUGCUCAGUAUCAGCUGCAGGUCCUUGUGCAUGGAGCGGAACAGCUUGUCUGACCAUUGUCACUGCCAAUAUUGCUACUGAGUGUCCAUAUGUUACUGGAACUGGUCUUACAGAUACUAUAUGUGCAACAUAUCAUGCAAGUUGCACUAAUCUUAAAGAUGGUAUUGGUUGUUAAGAAGAAAAGGCUGCUUGUAAGGAUUACACAACAUAAAAUAAAUGCACUUCAUAAACAGCUGGUCCAUUAUCAUGUCUUUGGAUUGACAACUCCUGCUAUAAAAUUUCAGAUUCGAAUUGUAGUGGAAUUACAGGAACAAGUCUUGAUCAUACUUAAUGCUAAGCCUACAGCAUAGGUUGUACAUCAGUUUCUGAUGGAACCAGUUGUUAAGACUUCAAAUCAACUUGUGAGUAAUACCCAGGUACCAUUCUAGGUUGCACUAAGACUACUACCUCAAAAUGUUAUUUAUAAGGCUCUGUUUGCAUCACAAUUGCAAAUGUUACAACAGAUUGUGCUAAAAUAAUUGGAUCUGCUGGAGCUGUUACUUACGAAAUUUGUUAAUCAUAUAAUACAGGGUGUAGCGCAAAUAGAGCAAGGAGUGCUUGUGUCUAAUAAUAAGCCUUAUGUUCAGGAUACACCCCAAAUACAAGUUGUUAUAAAUCAGGGGCUGGUCUAUGUAUUGCAGGUACAAAUGCCGACACUACUUGUGUAGCAGCAUUGACUGCUGCAACUUGUGAGGCAGUAUACUUAGGAACAGGAAACUAUAGUAGUGCAAAUUGUAAUGAAAUGAAAGCUGGAUGUACUAAUAACGGAACAACUGCAUGUGUAGCAAAAACUUGUGCAAAUGCUGUAGUUACAUUUAAUCAUACAAAUUGCAAUAAUUAUCUCAAUACCUGCACAGUAAAUAGUGGAAACGCUGCAUGCCAAACUAUGGCAUCUAAAUGUGCUGAUUAAACUUAAGCUUCUUGCCUUUAUUCUGUUGAAGGAGAAUGUGUUAUAGUAGGAACAUCAUGCGUAAGAAAGACUUGUGAUACUGCAGCAACUGAUGCUACUCGAGAUGAUGAUACUGAAUGCUCAUCUUACUAGUAAUCUUGUACUGUUGCUAGAUUAGGAGCUUGUCAAGCUAGAGCAGCAUGUACUGCAUAUAAAUCUUUACUCUAAUGUAAAUUUAAUACUAGUGGAGGAAAAUGUUUUUGGAAUCCAACUAAUAAGACAUGUGUUGAUUUGAAUUGUGGGAAUAUUGAAGCAUCCACUUUAUACGAUACUCAUAAUGAAUGUGUAGUAGUUGAUACAACGCUUGCUUGCACAGUCAGAGCAACAAAUGGAGCUGCCGUUUAAGGAUGUAUGGCUCGAGGAGCAUGUAGUUCAUAUACUAUUGAAGAACAAUGUAAAACAAACGCAAGUAGUAGUAGUUGUGUUUGGAAUACAAAUGCUAAUUUACCAGCACCUGCUUGCCAAGAUAAGUCUUGCACUAGUGCUCCAACAUCCACAACAACUCAUAAUGAUUGCUAUGCUUACUAUAAUACUGCUACAAUAAAAUGCACUGUAGUUGCCACUCCAAGCAAUAGUGGUGGUAAUCCAACUUUAGGAGGAUGUUAAUAAACCGCUGCUUGUUCAAGUUAUAUUGAUAAAGAAUAGUGUUAAAUCAACACCAACGGUGAUUUAUGUGGAUGGAAUGGAACAUAAUGUGCUGACAAGUCAUGCGCUACAGCUCCUGCAACUGCAGAUUAUGAUGAUGAUACCAAAUGUAGAGCUUAUUUCACUAAUAAGUGUACAGUCUCAGAUUCUGGAUAAGGAUGCGUAGAUAUUCCUGCAACUUGUGAAACAAUGACAUAGAAAUAAUGUUAUUUUAAUAAGGUUGGAGAUCCUUGUUAUUGGACAGGAACAGCUUGUAUUACAAAAUCAUGUGACAAUGCACCAGAUGCUACAGCUACAGCAGAUGAAUGCAAUACCUAUUUGGCUGGAUGUACUUUAGAUAAUGUGAAAUGUAAAACAAAAAUUUGCGAAGAUUUUGCUUUUGCUACUGAUGCUUUAUGUAAACAAGCUAUAUCUACAUGCACAACAAAUGGAACAAAUUGUGUUACAAGAGGUUCAUGCUUCUAAGCCUUAAGUCUAUCUGGAUGUGUCACAUCCUCAGCAAAUUAAUAAUGUGAAUGGAUAUCAGCUGUUUUCAAUGCAGCAAAUGUAAUCACUUCUCCUGCUUAUUGUACAAUUAAAAAUUGCAGCACUGCUCCAAUCACUUUAACAAGUGAAGCUGCUUGCGCUGGGUAUUUUACUAAUUGUACAACAAAGAAUGGUGGAGGAUGUAUUUCUAAAUCAACCUGCUCAGCUGUCACUAUUGAUGUGGCUUGCACAACUGCUUUGAAUGGUACUGUAUGUGCCUGGGAUAGUGCAUAAAAUAAAUGCAGGGAUAAAGAUUGCUAAGAUUUCAGCGGCACUACUCAUGCUGCAUGUUAGGCCUAAAGAACUGGAUGCACAGCUGGGGCUAGUGGAAAAUGUGCUAGAGUAUAAAAUUGCGAACAAACUCCUGUCAGAGCAGCUUGUAUCGAAGGAACAAAUGGACCAUGUUUAUGGAUUGACAAGUAUCCAAAUACUGAUGGAACUAAAGGGGCUUGUUUCAGAUACACAUCAUGCAAAAGUUUAACUUGGAAUAGUGAUAGUUCAUGUAAAUGGAUAAGUAACAGAUGCACAACUAAUGGUUCAAAUUGCGUCGGAAUUACUUAAUGUUCAGAAACUAAUACUGAUGGAGGUUGUGUCACUGGAUACGACGGAGCUUGUAUCCAAUCAGUACCAGCCUUGAAUUCUUCAGAGCCAAAAGUAUGUAAACCUUACACAUCAUGUGCUGAUGCUUUCUAUACAACUCAUUCAGAUUGUUAAAUUGCUAGUAGUAAGUGCACAACAAAUGGAACAACUGGUUGCAUUGCUUUAGGGUCAUGCUCAUCAUAUACUGCUUAGGCUGGAUGUUACUUCAACGAUAAGGGAACUCUAUAUACAUCUGGAGCUAUUACAUCUACUGGUAUUUGUACUUGGGAUACUACAUCUAGCAGUUGCAGAGAUUAAUCUUGUACUGAUUUAACAGGCACAACUCAUGCAACAUGUUCUUCAUAAUUAUCAACCUGCACAUCAGAUGGAACUACUUGUUUACUUAAAGGAGCCUGUACAUCAUACACAACUUAAACUGCUUGCACAACAGCAGUAGGAUCUGAUGGAGCAUGCUACUGGGAAUUAGCAUCUGCUACAAAUAACAAUACUGCCAAAUGUAGAUUACUUACUUGUGCUGAUAUUCAAAAUGGAACAGCAACCAACGUUUGUUCUGUAGCCUUGUCAACUUGUGUUUCAAAUGGAACUCUAUGCAUUCCAAAAGCCAAUUGCUCAACAUACACAUCAAAGAUAGCAUGUAAUUCAGGAGGUUUGGAUGGUAUUUGUGUAUUCACCUAAUCAACAGCAACUGGAGCUGCUGCUGGUACUGGAACCUGUGCAUUAAUGACUGCAUGUACCGUUGCUAAUAAUGAUUAAACAGCAUGCUAAGCUGGCAGAGAUAGAUGUUCUUGGACUGCUGCUUCAGGAACUGGGACAACUGCAGUUGCUAGUAAAUGCGCUACUCAUACUUGUGCUACAAAUUAAGCUACAAACGGAGCUUGCACAAGAUUCUUAAAUUGGGAUAAAAAGACUUAAUAAAUUUGUACUCUAGUAAGCGGAGCUUGCACAGCAACAGAUCCAUCAACAUUGUCUUCUAAUGAUUGCUUCUUAGUUUCUGGAUAUACAUAUACUUGGAAUGCCUCAUCAAGUAAAUGUGGAGUUUGCACAGCAGUUGUAGUUUAACCAAAUACAACAGACAAUAAUACCAACACUACAAAUAAUAACACAACAACAGACUCAGGAUACAUUCUUGGAUUGUCUAUUGUUUUAGGAUAUCUUAUGUUGUGA